UAUAAAUACGCGGCAGCAGCCAGUGCACACACAGUCUUUUUUAUUACACCAACCAUCGUGGUUCAAAGGUCAAAAUGUUUGGAAAAGUGCUCGCAUUAGUUCUCUUGGUUGGUGUAGCAGCAGCUGAUGAUUUUGGGAUGAAAUUCUUAACGAGGGUAUACGAGGACUGUCAAAAUUCGAACGGAAUUGUUCCAUGUUUGAAACGGAAGGCCAUAUUGUUUUUCGAUCGAGCUGCAAGGAUGGAGUCCAUACCUUUGAUAGAUGGUGUUGAUGUCGUCAAAGUUUCAAAUGUAGACCAAGUGGCUGCUAGUGAGAAUGACAUAGAUGCAAGUCUUCCAAGGAAUCUGGAGAGCAAAGAUGAGGCACUUACUGAAAUGCUAUGGGACAGGAUUGCAGCUUUUGCCAAUUCUAGGACGAUUCAGCUGUCGCUGCCCAAGAUGACGGGUCAAGAGCUUAAUAAGGGUGUAGAAGAAGGGCGAGGUAAGAUGAAGAAAAUGAUGGGAAUGAUGAUGAUGGGUGCUGCUAUGAAGAUGGCCGCCAUGAUACCAGUAGCAAUGGCUGGCCUGUUCAUCUUAGCUGGAAAAGCUCUUAUUGUUUCUAAGAUCGCCCUGCUCCUCGCUGGUAUCUUAGCCCUGAAGAAACUCAUAGCAGCCAAGAACAGUGGAGGAGGUGGUCAUGAGAGCCACAGCAGUGGCUGGUCUUCCGGAGGCUCCGGUGGGGGUUGGGACAGGCGGUCCUAUAACGACGCGGCAGACUUGGUGUAUUCCGCCUACAAAAAAGCUUAGGAUAGGACAGACAUUUUAAGUACUUUUUGGGAGUAAAUUUAGGGAACUUACUAUUUCAGGAAUAAGUUUUCAAUUAUCGGGUAUUGAUUAAAUUCGGUAUGAAGAAAAUAUAUUUAACAUAUGAAUCAUGUAUAAUAACAAUGUGCAUAUUAUUUAGUUCGUUUGGAUUAAAUGGAAUGUCUUUCAUGCCAUUAAAUAAAUUAAUAGGUGUCAAUGUAAUCUCGCAUAGGGUUCCUGUUGUGAAUUUUCCUUGAGACCUUCCUGAAUUCAAUAUCAUUUGACGUUUGACACUGGUAUUAGACAAGCCAGAAUCUUGAUAAGUACGACAUGGCUGAAACGAAUGCGAUAGAAUUCAUAUGUUCUGAUCAAUAGUAAUGUACAAAUCAGAAUCAAACGUUGUAUGUAUAGGCCAGCACUUAAUCUCUCGAAUACUCGUUUUUAAUUUUACUUUGAUGCGUACUAUAGAUAUAUAAUGUAAUAUAAUGUAACGCUUUAAUAGUUCUAACGGUUUAUGAAAGCUGUAAUCAUAGUAUGAAGGUUGUGCAGAAAUUUAAUGUUGAGCAAUCCUUGAAUAUAUGACAUGUAUGUCAUUUUUGAACUUAUCCUUACUAUGUUGUGUGUUAAAAUAUAUGUAAAUAAUAAUAUACAGGAUGUAUCGUAUAUGUUUUUCCAUGCUCACUGGAACUUAUUGUUUUUAAUACGUUUUUCAUGUAAAAAAAUGUGUAGGUAAAGGUAAAUGGUAUACAUCAUGAUGCAUGCAUGCAACAUGAUGUAUACCACAUUCAGAACAU